CUAGACUUCUGAUUCAGCUAGACUUCUCAUUCAAAUAGUCAAACAUUCAGCAAUCCAUCGGCCUGAAAAAGGAUAUAACCGUCAAUUCGCUUCCCUACCCAUCCCUCGCUAUUUAUCCUCCCAUUCGCACUUCCAAUCACCCCACAGCAUUCCUCGUAAUUCCAUCCCCAUCCAAGCUCCAAUCCCAGCUCCAAUUUCGUCUCCCCAAUGCUCCAGCCCUUCCUCGAACACGAGGGGAGCCAACCCGAUCCGCCCCCGGACAAUGACCCCCCCUUCGACGCAGUUCCCGACAACGAUAGCCGCGAGUUUUCUUCUACCACCAACAAUUCCGCCAUUGCAAAUCGUAGCAAUGACCCCAUCAAGCUUCUGCACGUCUCGUUCAACCAGGACCACGGUUGCUUUGCCAUCGGCACUGAUCGCGGGUUUCGAAUCUAUAACUGCGACCCCUUUCGUGAGAUCUUCCGUCGAGAUUUCGACGGAAACGCCGGUGUAGGUGCUGUAGAGAUGCUCUUUCGAUGCAACAUCCUUGCUUUAGUUGGCGGCGGUGAUUCACCGCAGUACCCGUUAAAUAAGGUCAUGAUUUGGGACGAUCAUCAGAGCCGAUGCAUCGGCGAAUUAUCCUUUAGGUCUGAAGUUCGUGGUGUCCGGCUACGGAGGGAUCGAAUUGUUGUCGUUCUUGAGCAGAAGAUUUUCAUCUACAAUUUUGCGGAUUUGAAGCUGUUGCAUCAGAUUGAGACGAUUGCAAACCCUAAGGGGCUGUGUGCGGUAUCUCAGGUUGCUGGGUCGUUUGUGUUGGUUUGUCCGGGGUUGCAGAAGGGGCAGGUUAGGGUGGAGCAUUACGCAUCUAAGAGGACGAAGUUCAUUAUGGCUCAUGAUUCGAGGAUUGCUUGCUUUGCACUGUCGCAGGAUGGGAAUUUGCUGGCUACUGCCAGCAGUAAGGGGACUCUGGUUAGAAUUUUUAAUACACAUGAUGGCAGUUUACUGCAGGAGGUGAGGAGGGGUGCAGAUAGAGCAGAUAUACAUAGCUUGGCAUUCUCAGCCACUGCUCAGUGGCUGGCAGUCUCAAGUGAUAAGGGCACUGUUCAUGUUUUUAGCCUUAAGGUGAAUCCAGGAAAUGUUGGAAGUGAUAGGUCGAAUAGUCCUGAACCAAAUCCUUCUGUCGGGCCUGCUAGUUCUUCUCUCUCUUUCAUCAAAGGAGUGCUGCCCAAGUACUUCAGCUCCGAAUGGUCAGUGGCUCAGUUUCGCUUGCCUGAAGGAUCACAAUAUAUUGUUGCUUUUGGGCACCAAAAGAAUACAGUGGUUAUUCUUGGCAUAGAUGGAAGUUUCUACCGGUGCGAGUUCGAUCCAGUGACGGGUGGGGAGAUGAUGCAGUUGGAGUAUCAUAAUUUCGUCAAGCCGGAAGAAGCUUUCUAGCCAGGGCUGGAGAUGGAUGUAUAUGUUCAUAAUUAUUCAAUGUUUUCCUCUAGUCAUCCAUCUUCUCUGUCCCCUGCAAACUUGUGGGUUCAUGACGUUGUAAAUUUCGAGCUGUAAAUGUGACUAACAAUGUGAAGCAAACAUAACGUGAAAUGGGAAUUGUUAUCUGCUCGUACA